UAUAAAAUCUCGGGUUUGUUGCAAAAAGAAACUGUUUGCAACCGUUUGGACUAAUUAUUACCCUGGACUGGAAAAUACUGGGGACGCGCCUCAACAAGCAAGUGUUCACAAUCCGUCAAAAUCUCAGAUGCAAAACUGGUCAAGCUACGAUUUAUAACACGGUACAGCAUGAGGUUGCAUUGACCCUGAUAGUACUACCCCAGUAGCCUAGCACGAGGUGAAGGCUGGGUCACAGUGGUCAGUAACCCAGCUAGAAGGCUUGGCUCCAGGCUAGCCAGCCUGCCAGCAGAGGGAGGGGGCCUUGCUACGGAACGGCCUGUCUGAGCUGCGGAGACUAGCAGCGGCGGGGGGUUGUGAUGAGCGGGAAGAGCCUGCUGUUAAAGGUGAUCCUGCUGGGGGACGGUGGUGUGGGGAAAUCUUCCUUAAUGAACCGCUACGUCACGGACCGCUUCGACGCCCAGUCCUUCCACACCAUCGGGGUGGAGUUCCUCAACAGAGACCUGGAGGUGGACGGGCGCCUGGUGACCCUUCAGAUCUGGGACACGGCGGGUCAGGAGCGCUUCAAGUCCCUGAGGACGCCGUUCUACCGUGGCGCCGACUGCUGCCUCCUCACCUUCGCUGUAGACGACCUGCACAGCUUCCAGAACCUGGCCAGCUGGAAGAAAGAGUUCAUGUUUUACUCUGACGUACGAGACCCAGAGAGGUUCCCCUUCGUUGUCCUGGGCAACAAGGUGGACAAGGAGGAGGGGAGGGAGGUGGGGGAGGACGAGGCUCGGGCCUGGUGCGAGGAGAACGGCUGUUGUCCCUACUUCGAGACCAGUGCUAAGGACGAUACUAACGUGGGAGUGGCAUUCGAGGCAGCGGUACGAGAGGUUCUGGCGGCGGAGGAUCAGAUCGACCACACGCUGUUGAGUAGCACUAUCGAUCUCCACGGCAACCGUAAAGUUCAGCGCUCUUCUUGCUGCUGAUUGGUUGAAAGGACUGGUUUCUCUCUCCGUCCAGCCUGUAGCAUCCUGAGGGCUAGAGAGCUGUUCUGCUCUCCACUGAUCUCUAUGGUUACUUACCUGAUGCAGGUACAAGCUGCUGAGACUGAUGAUCGGCUGUCAAUGCAGCUGAUUUUAAAGAGUGUUGGGUUGUCGGUAUCGACACAUCUGAUUUUUAAAGUUUAUCAAUGAGGUACAAUGUAACAGGUACACUAUGUUGUUCAACUCGGUCUGCUUUCAGCAGUAUAGCACAAAACUGCUCUUUACAUCCAGCCAGCUUCAUGUACCUGCCCUGUGUAAUGUUUUCAGCAUAUUUUGUUAUUUUUUAUUUAACUAGGCAAGUCAGUUAUGAAUAAAUUAUUAUUUUCAAUGA